UACCAAUAAUUUGUGAUCAAUUUUGAAAUUAGAAGAGCUAUUCUAGUUCUCAUAUUUCGAGAGUGCAUUUCAAGGCUAGAAUGCAGUUCGCCUCUCGUUAAAAUAUGGGCUUUUAUUAUUAUUUCUGGACUCUCACAGCGGAAUUUCUCAAAAACGUAAAGAAAAAAGCCUACCUCCAGUUUUGCUCAGGGCUGUUUGUUUGGUGUCACAAAUGAUGUUUUAUUGCGAUAUCCGCUGAAACGUGUGCAAACUAUGUUCGAAUUCCAGAAUUUCGAAAGCUCUCUGCAGAUCUAUUUCGACUUGUGGCUCGCUUUGUCCAUUUAGUAUUGACUACUCCGUCUACUCAUGAACGAGUCAAACUCUGCUUUUGUCUUGCAUCUUCAAUUAUAUUUAAUUACGUACCUCAGCUAUAAAGCGAUAAACCUUUACAACUAAGUUUCAGGGAAUUGAAGUCGUUUGGGUUAUGAAUUUUAAUUUCUUAUUAGGAGUAAUUUACGAGUAUUGUGUGAAUGAGAUUUUUUUGUGUCGAUUGUGGUGGUAGUGAGUUGAAUUUACUGUUGUGUGUUGUGUUAACAAUUGGAUAUACAAAACUCAAAGGAAGAUGAGGGAUUGGAACAAUUUAGGAGGAAAUCUCACACGCUUAAAUGUUGGAAAAGCAGGUCCAUUUAAAAAUUCCCCUCACAAUGAUGUAUCUGGAAAAGGAGGUCCAUAUAAAACUUUCCCUCACAAUGAUGUAUCUGAUAUCGAAUCAAGUACUUCUCAUUGUUCACAAAGUAAUUUCGAAGAUUCGACCUACUUCUCAUGUCCGUCCACAACCAGUGAAUCAACCAGUGCUUCCACCCGAUUUACUACCAGGGUACCAACAUUUUCGUUGUCAAAUAGAGGUUCCGAGAUUUCCAAGGAUGUUAAAAUAGAAAAUAUAUAUGUAGACAGUUUGCUCGAAGAUAGUUACGCCUCCUGUUUUGAUGAAAUAGAAGAAGACUUGUUGGAGAUGGAUUUAUCAAUGUCUAGUACGGACGCUAAUAAUAAUUUCGCCAAUAACGACAUCUCUCAAGAUUCCUUGGAAAAAUACUCUAGUAUAUUUGAUAGGAAACGAAUCACCAGAGCAACUGAAUAUAAUAGUUCGAAAGAUACAACAGAUCAUAAAUCUGAAGUGGCAUCAAACUUCGAUGAAUACCUUAAUGACUUUGAAAUUAUGAAACGAGAAUGGAAUAAACUAUGUUGCAAAUCACUCUCGGAAAUUUCCCGAGAAUCUGAUAUAUCCGGACAAAAUAUGGACGAAAUUGAUGAUUCUACGUCGAAGGAUAUCAACGAACUAGCAAAGAAAAUGGGGUUUCCACAUCCCAAGAUCAAUUUCAACGAGAACUAUCACCUGAGACCCUCUUUGCAAUAUUAUAUCGCUCCUAUAUUUCCAUAUUGCGAAAAGAAUUACCAUAAUAAAACACAAAAAAAUGAGGCUAAUGACAUAAGGAAUAUUGUGACUAGACAAUACGGACGCAAGUUUCAGGAAGGAAUCCAAAAAGUCAACAAAUCCCGACAAGGGAUACGAAUCAACUUUUUACCUGACCAGAAAGCUGAGGUUGAACCAAAGGGCGUUCAUCUAGAGACGUCAGUAAGUCUGAAUACUUCCAACUUAACGGAACUGAUGACAUUACCUUCAAAUACCAACGGAAAAUUCAGAGGCAGGAUCAAUAAACACAUCGAAGAGAAAAACCAAGUGGAAAUGUGUCGAGAUGGAAGUGUUAACGCCUUUUUUGAAUAUACCAUCGACAACGAUAAUGAUGAGCUUAACGCUAUAAUUGGUGAGCAAGAGACAAUCAUUUCCCAUGCAACGAAAGCUUUAGGACUCUGCACUACUGAUGAGAGGUCCAGAAGUAGCAGAAUGAGUAUAGAAAUAAAACGAAUUAUUUUGAAAGCUACUGUCACGAAAGACAUUAUUGAAACACACAGGGAAAUAGGAAGAUACGAAGAUCCCGAAGAUAAAAGUGGAUUUAUACGAAUUUCGAACCUGGAAAUACCUUUGAAAAAAAUCAAAGAACCAAAAUAUUCAAGGACUCACUAUGUGUGUAUGAUACAUUGUGGAAAUACUAUAUUUUGCUCAAACCUAAUACAUUCGAAAAAGAAAGGAAAAUUAAAACUACCAGAGAAAUAUCACUUCAAAGAGCUUCCAUGGGACUUCAAAAUAAGUGUUCGAAUAUAUGUUAUUCAUUCGAAGGCAAGCCGUAUGAGAUGUUUUUUGGAAUUCAUAAAGAUUUGUGGAAAGUUGAUGUCCUUACUUAUUGGUUCCAGCUCUCAAAAUGGGGGUGAAUGCAAGGGGAGCAACUCAUUUGAACUAUGUGGUGAAUUUUCGAUCUUAAGAAAUAAGUCAAAACCAACCGAAUUUUUGUUCAACAAUGAAAUUAAUGAAAGUCACAUAACAGGUGAAUUUCAUUGCGACGUCGAAAGUGGUAUAGAUCUUCAGUAUGUAAUCAACAACUACCUCUUCAUAUGCAGAGAUGAUACAGAUGAUUGGACCAGACAAUGGUGCAGACUGGAAGGAGCAAAACUAAAAUUUUGGGAUGAAUCUGGAAACGUUGAUGAUGAACCAAAUAAUAUAAUUGAGCUCUCCAGGUCUCUGAUGCAUAGGAUAUCAUACGCUGACAGAUGUAUUUCAUCCCGUGAUAAAAGUCUCCACCUAAAACUUAAAUCAGAGUCUUCUGAUAAAGAUAUCCUACAAGAAGACAUUUAUCUCUCAUCCAAUGAUCAGGAAAUCCUGUCAAAUUGGAAGAUAACGAUUAAUAUUGUUUUGUAUAAUUUGAAGAAUUGGGGUUGCAUGUGUACCUGAAGUGAAAUGUUGCAAACUAUUAUUUGCUAGAUUCUGAUGACAUAAUCAUUGAGCAAAUACCUACUCAAAUUUGUUUUGAGGACAUUGAGUGGAAGGCAGCUAUUAGACAUGGUAGAAAGAUUUGAAAGAGACGUGAAGCAACAAGAGGUAGCCCUAGAAUCCAAUGGUUUGACACAAAUGGAACUGUUGAACGUAGUAUCAUAAGCUGAUCAUGCUACUCUGUGAUAACAACAAUGAUAUUUUUUCAUCCAACUGUGAUAAUUUCCUCAGAAUUUUUUUA